AGGGAGGGAGGGAGGGAGACGAGGAAGACGCUCCGCUAAGCCGUGCGUUUCGUAAGGCUCGGAGCACUUGCACAUUUCUGCAGGCGCGCGGCGAGCCCUUCGCGGCGGCUGCUGCAGCUUGGACUGCGUCCUCCUCCUCUUCUUCUUCCUCCUCCUCCUCGUCCUCCUCCUCCUCCUCGUCCUCCUCGUCCUCCUCGUCCUCCUCGUCCUCGUCCUAGUCCUCCUCCUCCUCCUCCUCCUCCUCCUCCUCCUCUUCCUGCUCCGGGUGUGUGCCUGUGUGAGUGUGUUUUGCAAGGUGUGUCCGUUUUAAUUCUGCCCAGUAGGUGGGACUUGGUGACUUUAGCACCAUUUUUCCUUUUCUUCUCCCUUCACAUUUAUUAUUAUUAUUAUUAUUUAUUGUUAUUAUUAUUAUUAUUAUUAUUAUUUUGCCUCCCCAACGUCUGUUGCAACGCUGCUGCAAAGUCUCGGAGUCGGAGAGCGUGCCUAGCUUCCGGAGCCCCUGGACCCCGCCAGCCGAAGCAGUGAUCGGAGAUGGAUGUCUCUCUUUGCCCAGCCAAGUGUAGUUUCUGGCGGAUUUUCUUGUUGGGAAGCGUCUGGCUGGACUAUGUGGGCUCCGUGCUGGCUUGCCCGGCAAAUUGCGUCUGCAGCAAGACUGAGAUCAAUUGCCGGCGGCCGGACGAUGGGAACCUCUUCCCCCUCCUGGAAGGGCAGGAUUCAGGGAACAGCAAUGGGAACGCCAGCGUCAACAUCACGGACAUCUCAAGGAAUAUCACUUCCAUACACAUAGAGAACUGGCGCAGUCUGCACACGCUCAACGCCGUGGACAUGGAGCUCUACACUGGACUCCAGAAACUGACCAUCAAGAACUCAGGACUCCGGAGCAUCCAGCCCAGAGCCUUUGCCAAGAACCCGCAUUUGCGCUACAUAAACCUAUCAAGUAACCGACUCACAACGCUCUCCUGGCAGCUCUUCCAGACGCUGAGUCUUCGGGAAUUGAGACUGGAGCAGAACUUCUUCAACUGCAGCUGUGACAUCCGCUGGAUGCAGCUGUGGCAGGAGCAGGGGGAGGCCAGGCUGAACAGCCAGAGCCUCUAUUGCAUCAAUGCAGAUGGCUCCCAGCUCCCCCUCUUCCGCAUGAACAUCAGUCAAUGUGACCUUCCUGAGAUCAGUGUGAGCCACGUCAACCUGACUGUACGAGAGGGCGACAAUGCUGUUAUCACUUGCAAUGGGUCUGGAUCACCCCUGCCUGAUGUGGAUUGGAUAGUCACUGGGCUGCAGUCUAUCAACACCCACCAGACAAAUCUGAACUGGACCAACGUCCACGCCAUCAACUUGACACUGGUGAACGUGACAAGUGAGGACAAUGGCUUCACCCUGACGUGUAUUGCAGAGAACGUGGUGGGCAUGAGCAAUGCCAGCGUUGCCCUCACUGUCUACUACCCUCCGCGUGUGGUUAGCCUGGAGGAGCCCGAGCUGCGCCUGGAGCACUGCAUCGAGUUCGUGGUGCGGGGCAACCCGCCACCCACGCUGCACUGGCUGCAUAAUGGGCAGCCACUGCGGGAGUCCAAGAUCAUCCACGUGGAGUACUAUCAGGAGGGUGAGCUGGCCGAGGGCUGCCUGCUCUUCAACAAGCCCACACACUACAACAAUGGCAACUACACCCUCAUUGCCAAGAACCCUCUGGGCACAGCCAACCAGACCAUCAGGGGCCACUUCCUGAAGGAGCCGUUCCCAGAGAGCACAGAUAUCGUUGUCUUUGAAUCUGAUGUGAGCCCUACACCUCCUAUCACUGUGACUCACAAACCUGAGGAAGACACUUUUGGGGUAUCCAUAGCAGUUGGACUUGCUGCUUUUGCCUGCGUUCUGCUGGUGGUUCUCUUUAUCAUGAUCAACAAGUAUGGCCGACGGUCCAAAUUUGGAAUGAAGGGUCCUGUGGCUGUCAUCAGCGGUGAAGAGGACUCAGCCAGCCCCCUGCACCACAUCAACCAUGGCAUUACCACGCCCUCCUCUCUUGAUGCUGGGCCUGACACAGUGGUCAUUGGUAUGACGCGGAUCCCAGUCAUCGAGAACCCUCAGUACUUCCGUCAGGGACACAACUGUCACAAGCCAGACACAUAUGUUCAGCACAUCAAGAGGAGGGACAUCGUGCUGAAGCGAGAACUGGGCGAAGGAGCCUUUGGAAAGGUCUUCUUGGCUGAGUGUUACAACCUCAGCCCAACCAAGGACAAGAUGCUCGUGGCAGUGAAGGCCCUGAAGGACCCCACCCUGGCUGCCCGGAAGGAUUUCCAGAGGGAGGCCGAGCUGCUUACCAACUUGCAACAUGAGCACAUUGUCAAGUUCUAUGGUGUGUGUGGUGAUGGAGACCCCCUCAUCAUGGUCUUUGAGUACAUGAAGCAUGGAGACCUGAACAAGUUCCUCAGGGCCCAUGGGCCAGAUGCCAUGAUCCUUGUGGAUGGGCAGCCACGCCAGGCCAAGGGCGAGCUAGGGCUCUCCCAAAUGCUCCACAUUGCCAGUCAGAUCGCCUCGGGCAUGGUAUACCUGGCCUCCCAGCACUUUGUGCACCGGGACCUGGCCACCAGGAACUGCCUGGUCGGAGCCAACCUGCUGGUGAAGAUUGGAGACUUUGGCAUGUCCAGAGAUGUCUACAGCACCGAUUACUACCGGGAAGGGCUAUGCCAGAAGGGCCCAGUCAACGUGUCAUGGCAGCGGCAGAGGCUAGCAGCACCGACAACUUCCACAGUAGGAGGACACACCAUGCUCCCCAUCCGCUGGAUGCCCCCUGAAAGCAUCAUGUACCGAAAGUUCACCACGGAGAGCGACGUGUGGAGCUUCGGGGUGAUCCUUUGGGAAAUCUUCACCUAUGGGAAGCAACCCUGGUUCCAGCUCUCAAACACAGAGGUCAUUGAGUGCAUUACCCAAGGUCGUGUCUUGGAGAGGCCCCGAGUCUGCCCCAAAGAGGUGUACGAUGUCAUGCUGGGCUGCUGGCAGAGGGAACCACAGCAGCGGCUGAACAUCAAGGAGAUCUACAAAAUCCUCCAUGCUUUGGGGAAGGCCACCCCAAUCUACCUGGACAUUCUUGGCUAGUGGCGGCUGGUGGUCAAAAAUUCAUACUCUGUUGCCUCCUCUCUCCCUGCCUCACACCUCCCUUCACCACCUCACAACUCCUUUCUUCCUUCCUUGACUGAAGCGAACAUCUUCAUAUAAACUCAAGUGCCUGCUACACAUACAACACUGACAAAAUGAAAAAAGAAAAAAAAAAAGGAAAGACAAAAACCUUGUAUAGCUUGAUGCUUUUGAGAAGCAUUGAUGGCGCCUACCAGUAGACACUGAACAAGCAACACCACAAAACCCAGACAAGAGCAGACUGCAUCCAUCCUGAGUGGAAACCACACCCACGAUCCUUGCUAGAUUCAUUGUUAGUCUAUCCUCUGAGCUUGAAGAACUGCUUUCUGGACUAAAGAACCACAGAAGAAUAAAUAGCUGAAACCCGAACCCUGACAAGGCACUGCCACAUGUCUUUCCUUCACUGGAAAGACUCCUUGGCCCCAUGUUCCAUUUUUAGGCCCUUCCGGAGCUUUGGGGUGGGUGGGAAAUAGGUUCCCUCCUGUUGUCUGCUAAAGUAGACAAAGCAGGUUUUGGGAGCCGGAUAGCAAAAGAUUUAAUUGGUCAUUGGUCAUUAUUAGGUAUGCUCUCUGGUCCUGUUUCUUACCUUCUUUCCCUAUAUCCUUGCCCUACCUCCUAGGCUACUACUAAGUCCUAAGUGAACCCCACUGCCAGGGAAGGAAUCCAGGAUUGGUGAGAGGAUGAGGCAGUGUGGGCCUCUGGGAGGCAGGCAGUGGCCUAGGUGAGAGCCAGCGGGGAAGAAGCGACGUACUUGCUCCCUUCACCAGGCCCCUUGGCAUUCUCCUCACGUUUCCAGCCCCUGGAAGGAUUGAUGCAUCUGCCUAUGAGCUUGUGAAAAGGCAGGGACUGAGAAAUCGCCUUUGUGGGCUGGGCUGGGGGAGGGGCUGAGGCUUCUCUGGGAGAUGUCCAAUGAGUGGCCAGUGCCGAAGGCUUGGCAUCUUAAUGAGGACUGAGCGCUGACCAGGGAAUGAGAAUGAAACAUCUGGGCUAGGGCCAGAGCCCUGUGCCGCAGCACCGGGGAAUGUCUGCCUUCCUGCUGCUGCCAAGGACAGCAACAGAGCAGAUCUCUGGCCACUCUGACACAAGACAAGGAAAUGCACAGAGCCCCCCUGCUGGAGAGGAGAAGAUGUACCCCUCUCAGGGCACCAGGCCCAUCCACUUCAACCCAAGCACACAGCUACUAGUGAACUGACCUUUUCCUAACUGAUUCCUCCUGGAAGCCUCUGAUUUGCUCCCUUUCCUGCCAGCUAGAGAACUGUCUGCAGCCUGGGUAUCCCGUUCAGCUGAAAGCAGCUAAAGUAUGGGAAUUCCUGUGUGAGUUAGGACUGAAUUAUGUGUUUGUGAUUUUGCUUUUUGUACUUAGACCCCAGAAUGUUUUUAUUCUGAUAGAGAAGAGCUACGCUCAGAUUUUAGCCACAGUUGGGAUUCAGGGGUGAGCAAGGCUACUCAGCUGGACAGGGAAGACAACUGGGUGAAUGCGAGGUGGGGGUGGAUCUUCUCACUGUGCUGUACACUUAGCCUUUGAGGACUUUGGGGGAAAGCUUAAGAAUUGACCACCCCAAGAGAACCCUUUGUUAUCCCACAGCAAUUACUUCUCUUAUUAUUCUACUCUUUGCUUCACCUGAGGCCCUUGGUCUGUGUUGGGGUUGUGACUGCUGGAUGGAAGGGCACAGUCUGGUUUUGAUCUGGAAAGAUGUUCAGGGAGGGAAUGAUUGGAGGGGGCCUGAGGUCCUUCAGUGCUGUCUUGCUGUCCUUCUCACAUAUCCUCUUUCAACAUGCACCAUGUGGCUUUGAUCUUGACUAUGUGUUUGGAGAACCUCAUAGUCACUGAUGGGCUGAGAAAAAUGGGGAGAAGAAAUGGAUUGGAGUCUAGCAGACAACUGGGAGUGAAGAAUGUGUGAGGGUUACAAGUCAGUGCACUGAGUCCUUACAGACAAAUAAGAGAACAUAAUUCCUUGGGAAACAAGAAGCAUUGAAGGAGACUGAGCUUGUCAGAUUGCCCUUGUCUUAGUCCCACAGCCCUGUGCAUUGCCACUGGGGUCAUGUCUUGGCUAUGUGCUAGAUAUACAGCCACCUAUGGAAGAGUGCCCUUGAGAGAGUGGUAGAGUUGAAAGGUAGAGAGACAGGACCUAUUUCUAACUACUUUCUUGCUGCUCUCUGUAGUGUAUACAUGUUAACCAAGGCAGGUAUAAAAAAAUGAAAAAAAAUUUAGAGCAUAAAGGAGGCAGAGAAUAGGGCAAUGGAAAUUAAAUAGUUAUUUGAUGGCCUGGGGUGUGUGGAGCAUAUUAUUCCUCCUGUACUGAGACAGGACCAGUAAGACUUGCUUCACUGUCUUGGGUUCCCAUCUAUGAUAUAAGGGAUGUCCUUGCUAAUCUUUGGCCCUGUUCUGACUCUGAAUUCUCACUCUUUUUUGUUUGAGACAGGGUCUUACUAUGUAGUUCAGGCUGGCCUUGAACUCACUAUGUAGCUCAGGCUGGCCUCGAACUUGAGGGGAUCCUCUUGCCUCAGCCUCCUGAGUGCUGAGAUUACAGGCAUGUGCCACCACGCCUGGCUUGAAUUCUUACAUUCUAACAGCAUCAAGAUACUGUGUGAUGUUUUCUCAGCAUCACUCUGCAAUGUCUGGCUAGCCUUCCUCAGGCCUUGCGUGAGUGAGGACAGUUGCCUCUGAGGGUGCACUAGGUUUGUGCUGGGAUCAGUUCUGAUAGGAAAGUCUUCUUCUCUUUUAUACCCAUGUCUUCACAAGUCACAGUCUGAAAUGUUCAAGACUACUCUAGACCCACAGAAAGCAUUUGUUUUCGUUCUCCAUCCUAGUCUUUCUACGUACAAGAAAAGCACUAAGAUUUAUUUAUUUAUUUAUGUAUUUAUUUUUAAAGAGCCUAAUGUGUUUAAAUGAGUCUUGAAAUCAUAUCUGGUCAGCCAAUGUGGCCGCUCCAGCGUAUUCUACCCACUCCCCUUGCCGAAAAUGUUUUACAAUCUAAAAGAGCAUGGAUGGCAAAUUUGGAAUCUGACAGCUUUGUUUGAAGCAACCUCAAUGUGACAAAGUGUGAACAUUCCAGGGAACUGAGGGUGAUGCCCUGGCCAUGCUGUCCUCACUUGGUCCCAUUCUAGACUGAACAUAAGUGACCUGCUGUCAGAUGUCCACCUUGGAGCAAGGUACCAUGGCCAAGGGUCCUCCUUGUACUUUCUGGCUUUGAACAUGACCCAAGUGCUGCCCUCUAAUUUUAUCCCUGAACUUUGAUUGGACCUUGGAGGACACUAAGCCUCCCUUAGUCAACAGGACUUGAUGCUUCCUCCACUCAGCAGGUAUGCUCAAAUUAUGCUUGGACAGAGGCUUCCUAUGACAGAUAAAAUGUCCUUUGAUUUUCUGGGUUCAGGUUGAACAUUGACAUUCUUCUCUGGCAAUGCUUACUUUGUGGAAUACACUAGCACAAGUAUUUCUGGUGCUAAAUACUAUAGAAACCAACAGAAACAGAGGAGCUGUCUGCCAGUUUCUGGGGCUGCAUGAGACUCAUCUCAGAAGUGAAAGAGUCAGCUAUAUUAGGAGAGUACAGGAAACAUCAGAAAGAUCACAAUUCCUAGCUUUUCUCUUAGUUACCCAGGUAACUUUGGCUAAAUCAAUUAAUCUCUCAAAUUAUCCAAUUUUCUUUCUGAGACAUUUAAGAGGUUAAACUGGAUAUCCUUGGGGCCAUUUCAGCUUUUUUUUUUUUCCAAAAAGAUAUGUUCUGUCCCCUUCUGCUCUCCGCCCCCCUCCCCCCCAGGCUUACUUGUUAGAAAUAAAUUGAAAGGAAAGGAGGGAUAGGAUAAAAAAAGUUACCAAUGGCAAGUAAUUGAUUAUUGAAGGCAAGAAAAGAAAGUUCAGCGGCUUGUCUGUCUGUGGGAUAUACCAAUCCACCAAUGGGUGGAGGCAGCUAGGCAGAGAGGCCAGGGCCCCAAAAUCUGUACUGUUCAAGAGAGAUUACCUGCACCAGCAUACCCUCUUGAACUAGUCAUCAUUUCCCAGUCAGCUCUGACAUGCCCAAAGUCGGCAGAAAUUAUUCUGAAAUAUGGAACAGGGUUGCCCACCCCUCACUGGCAUCUAGAACUCAGGGUUAAUAACCAACAGAUUUUUAAAAAAUGCUAAUUGUAAGGAACUAACAUGUUGGAAAGGAGGGUUGUUUAAAGUUGCAGAGUCUUUACCCACUCUCUCACUCUGCACUUAGGAAUGGACUAUGGGUUUUUUGCUCUCCUUUCUGAACCAAAAAAGUAGUAGUAUGAUUUUGACUUCCAGGUGUAGUUAUUACAAUGAGCAGUCAUGAGAUUUGGGGUCUUCCCAAUGCAUUACUCAGAAUCUAGAGCAUAGACACAUGGACAGAUGCUUAUUGAGUGAGCCCAUAUGCCAGCAAUCCAGAUUGCUGCCUUCCAGUGCUCCUGACAUGUCUCCUGUCCACUUCAGUUGGAAGCCAGCCUCUAGAAUGCCCAGUGGUAUUUGCCUUAGAGCAAAAACUGGCACCUGAAGCCUAGGCCUUAAGUACUGUAGCCACUCAUUAUGUCUUUGUGUCUUUGAGCUCCACCUUCUUUCAUACCAAAUAAAUCAUUUCAGCCAAUACUCAAUAGGUUCUAAAGGCAAAUUCUAAGUUUCUACACAAUUAGUAAAAUAUUAAUACAGGCUCUGGAAAAUGUUUUGGGAUGCCUUGAAUGUCAUUGCAAGUAUCUUACUAGGAAAAUACGGGCAUAUGUAAAUUGUACGUGUAUACGCAUAAGCAUAUUUGGUUGGAAUGGCUUCAGAGAAGGCCUUCUUGGAGUCAGCAAAUUGAUUCCAAUUUGGGGUUCCCUUUGCACCUUACGUUUCCCGUGGAUGAGACUGACUUCAGAGAGGUUUGGAAUGGUUCUGAUGGGAAAUCUGUCAUCUUGGGAAGUUUGAUCAUUUGGUGCUCCCUGGAUUAAAUUGUCUUGACAAUAACAUUCUGAGCACCAGAAGAUCACUACUCCUGUUUGUUUAAUACAUCACCACACAGGAACUGUUUCCACUGCACCUUCCAUUGGGGUGAUAUAGAAGUCACUCACUGCAGACGUAUCCAUCCCCAGGAGGGAUGGAAGAGAUGGAAUGUGCUAUGUUGAUGCUUGAUCACUCUUUCUGAAAGGCAUUACUGACUUGAUUCUAUGUGCUGAAUAUUUGUCACUGCAUUGGGUGUUAGGACUUUUGCUCUUGGCGUGGGCUGCUCUACCCGAAGGGGUCUAAAUCUUGGCUUCUUACAGGGUUUCUGUUUGCCUGGUGCAUUCUCUCCAAACAGUUUUUUUUGGCUGCCUAUAAAAUAUUUAUACUUUGAAACAAGAAAUGCCUCUGGCCCAAGUUUCAAUGUGCCAUCAUAGAUACUCUUAGUGAGAUCUGUGGAGGGUGAAGUUCCUUGAGUGGAAUUAACAGGAAUUCUAGACCAAAGUAAUGAAGUUCAUAUUUCUCUUCCUUUUUAGCAAACUACUAAGUUCCAAGUUUAAAGUAAGGCCUGGUUUGAUAUUUGCAGUGGGGAACAAUGUCUUAAAUCAACAAAGUGAGCUCUGUCUCUCAAAAGAAAAUAGUAAGUUCUGUGAAUUGUCCCUAAUCACACAGGAAUAUAUUGCUUUGUGUGCAGUGCCAUGGUCCAAGCUUUCAAGAGGUACUUUUAGCAGACAAAGUGAUAAGUUCCUUAUAGAUAUAGCAAGACAACAUAGGCAAGGAAAAUCCUCUUCAAUAUUUAUUUCUAAGAAGCACUCAGGCUCUAAAGUUUUGCUUUUUGAUUUUAGUAUAUUAUGAGAUUUGGUUUCUUCACACCUUAGCAGAUCAGAAAUUUAGACAUCUUUUUUGCAAGGCUACAGCUAGACACGGAACCCAGAUGUCUAGUGUAUACUCUGACAUCCUUUUCAAUGUAACAUUCCCCAAACUCACUGAGAAAUAUAAACUUUCCAGUCAGUCUUUUUUUUUUUACUUCAAAAGAGUUUGUGGGGGUUACAUUUUAAAAACUCCGAACUUCGUAAUAUAUUAAAUGAUAGGGCACAUUCAGUUACUCAGUAUCCACUCCUCACCCCAAGAUCUGUCUAUGUUCUGUCUCUGUUUAAAAACUACCUGACAUUUACCUCAUGCCUCUGAACCUGCCUCUGGGGUAGAUAAACAAACCUGGUCCAGGUGAUUUGAUUUCUGCUGUCUAUAGCAGAGAAGUUUUUAUUUCUUUUUCAUUUCCCUUUUUCUUUUGGUUCUUAUCUUCCUGCUUCCAUAGGACAGACAAUCCAGAUUCUCAAACUCCAUGCUAGUCUUAAUAGGAGGUGAAUCCCAUGACCACAAACAGUUUGGACUUCAAACAGUGAGAAAAUUGGCGCUGAAUGAUUCGACACACAAAGCAGAAAACUUUCAUUUCCUGCAGGCAGGAUGGAAUUGACUGUUAUAUUAAGACUUCUGAAGGAGCCCUGCCCAGGAGUAAUUUCAGUGCUGUCAGACAAUGUUGACAUCUAGAUUAACCUCUGUGCAGUGAAUUUUACUGCAAAGCUCAUUGAGAUGCAUGUGGCGUGUCUCUGUAAAUUCCGUCUGGAACCCUUGAUGGCCCGCUCUCCACAACCUGCCUCUCUUCCCCACCUGCUCUUCUCAUAGUCCAUGAACGUUUAGCCUCCAGGAGUAGAGGAGCCAUGGCUGGGGUAUCACCCUAAGAAAGGGAGCUUUGGCCUUUCUCUGCCCACAGUGUUGAGCCAGGCAGAGUGACAGUGGUUGUCAUCCUACUGAGUUUCCCUAAGGGGGCUGCAAAUCAAGGUAUGGAAGCCAUGAGGCUGAUGACAAGGAGUUUUGUAGCAUAUCAUGAUGCCACACAAAGGGAUGAAAUGGUUUGUGGAAAAUUAGUGUCCUGAAUCAGUUAGUCCUGCUCAGGAGCCCCUACUCUUUCCGAGCUUCAAAGUCCAGAUGCAACAAGGUCACGACUGCAGCCAGGUGUGGUGGGUGAAUUCUGAUGGAUGAAAGUGUGUGCUCUGCACAGGUGUUUCCCUAGGCCCUGCGAUGGAGCUGUCCUCAGAGCACUAGUUUGUCAACUCUCUUUAAGGCGCAGUGAGCUCUGGAACAGACUGAGCCCUGUCUCACUCACUGCGUGAUGCCACAGUGAGAUGCAGCAGCCCCAUGAACCUUAAAGCUAAGAUCACAACUUCUCUACAAACUUGGGCCAUUACUGACAUUGAAAGUUUUGAGAAAAGGCUUUCAGCUUAGCUUCACCUCCUUUCAGGCUCUGGCUCUGUGGAAAUGUUCAAGAUGAUCACAGGCCUUUGUAGAAACUUCCCUCAAGAUGUUAGAAUACUGUACCCCAACCCUACAAUUUUUAUGAUUCUGAAUCUCUGUUCUUGACUGUGUGUGUCUAUGUGUGUGUGUGCUACUGGACUUUGAGCCCAGAGCCUUCCACUGAGCUACAUCCCAUCCCUUUUGUAUAUUUUGAGACAGGAUUUCACUAAUUUCCUAAAUUACCUAGUCUGGGUUUAAACUUGCCAUCCCCCUGCCUCAGCCUCCCAGAGUGCUGGGAUUUUGAUCUCUUUAAAACUGUUUUUGUCUACUUUGUCUCUUGUCUUUAAUAUGAGUAGUAAGAAUCUCCUUGUAUGUUCUUAGAUAUUUCUUUAGGAGAAUUGAAAGUUUCCAGCCAAGGACAUUGUGUUUGGCUUAUUGAUAGGGGAAAUAGAUUUCUGGGCUGAGUAAUGUUGCAGUCAUACAAAGGCACUCUGUUGACUUUGUUUAAAAGCAAUUAUCAGAACUGUGUUUUAUUCUAGAUGCUUGAGCUCAUGUAGUUCAAACUCCACUCAUCAUUUUAUUAUUUAUGUCACGAUGCUUGGUUAUAUGCACACUCAUGUGCACACAAAUGCCUCAGUAAUUUUGUCUGUGUACAAACCAUGAUGUUCCAGUUGGCUUGCUUCCAUUGACCACUGUGUGCAUAUUGUGUGUGCAAAUAAGUGUGAAUCACAUAUUUGCUUUCUGAAACUUUGAUACAUGUCUACUUUUAUCAUCAACACACAGCCCUUGGCUUUUACACUUUGGAUUGUUUGCAAAGUAGGUGGGGUUUUUUUGAGCAGGAAAAUUCUGAUUUUCUCAAAAUCUUCAUAUUUAAAGGCAGGAUUACUUUGCUUUGUAGAAACAAAAACUAAACUAGCGUUUGAUUCAAUUUUUAUUUAAUUUUGUGGGGCAAAAGACAUUAAAAAAAAGACAUAGUGCUUGUGUAAUAAAUAUUAAGUGUGUAUAAAUAUAAAUGUGAACUAAUGUAAGCAAGUUAUUGAUUCUAUCUUUGGGCUGAAAUAGUCAGGUGUAAAACUCAAACAUUCCAAAAGGAUUGCACCGUGAAGUGAAAGGGCUAGCACAGGGUGAAGGAAGAGAGCUGAGCUAGAAGCCAGCAGGCUGCAUGGGGUGUUCCUUGGCUGGGUAACUGCAUAAGUCACCUCAAUUCUCUGAGCCAAUGUAGGACUGAUUUUGUUUGAAGUGGGCAGCUGGCAGCUGGUCACAGGCUUGCUCCCCUUCUGUGAUUGCAGCGAUGGGGAAAGCCAAAUAUAUUUCUUGUUCACUGCUCAGAUCAGUUACCAAUGAAGUACCAAGGUUUCCAUUAAAGCAAGUCUGCAAACAUCCACACUCUGGUCAUUUUCAUCUUCAAUAUAUCUCUUUUAGCUCUCUUUUGAAGGCUUUCCAAACUGAAUACUUUCUGUCUGUCUCACCCCUGAAAGGCCAAGUCCUAUCUCUGAGAAGCCAGAGAAAGCUCUAGUUGUUCAUCUUCCUCUACCCUAGUCUGAACAUCAGCCAUGCUUGGGAUUUAGCCUUAGAUUUCAGCUGAAGGAAACAAGUAUGUUCUCCCACCCAUCAGUCUCUUUCCAGCUCUGUGGACCAAGUGAUUAGCUCCUCAUUAGCACUUCAUCAGAGGCUUUUUUUUUGCACAAGAGACUCUGGACCCACAAGACUAUUACAAUGCCUCAUUCUGUCUAUUUGAAGUCAUCUCAUCCUUCUGGUUAGGAAAGGGGAGGCUUUUCUACAAAUAUGUUUUUCAUCUAAUUGCUCUUUCUUGUUUUCUGACUGUUAAAUAUAUUGGUAAAUAUUAAACAUGGUUUUCAUUUCUAUCUAGAUCCCUACGAUCGUGGGCGUACUACAUCAUUAUCGACUAAGAGCUUCAGUCAAGUAUUUUUCUAUUUCAUGGAGUGACUAUCAUACUGGCAUGCAUAUUUGAAGGAGUGUUCAUAUCUUGGUUGUGGGAUACAACCCGAGAUUGUUUUCUAUUGAAUUAAAUCUUUAUUGUGAUAGCAUCAGAAAGGUUUAUACUAUAAGAACAGAAUUGACCCUAACAUGCUAGGAAAGCCUGAGGUAGAAGAACUCACCCAAGAGGUAGGAGAUUAGGCUUUCCGUUCUCAAAAUCAUUUUGUAUCAAUAGAUGCUUCAGCCCUUUCCCUUCAGUCCCUCUGAAAAAUACUAAUAUCCACAUUUGCUAUUCAAAACAAAUUACUCAUGUCUGACCCAAACCCUGAUUUUAAAAAGUCAUUAAAAAACAACCCUCUAGGGAUAGUUUAAUAUUGGUUCUUUUCCUGAUCCCUACUAAUAUUUUCAAUGAGAUUUUAAUUUUUUUUCACUUUUAUUGCUUUAGAAAAGACUUAGGGAUCUAUUUUAAAUACUAUCCUUGAUGAAAUAGCAAGAUGGAUUGAAAAUGGUGAGUGGAGAUAAUAGGGCUAGGAGACAGAGUCUUGCUGAGCGACCUUGGAAAAAGCAUUAUGAUCUUUUUGCCUCUCUUUCUUAAUCUACAAAACAAACCAACAAACCAACAAAAACAAAGUCCACUGCUAACAACUCUCUGCCUGCCACAGAGGGUUGUUAUGUCAUCCUGUUGGAUGAGCCCACAGUGGUUGAAGUGUUUGUGGGCUGUUCAGUCCCCCAAGUAUGUAGAACCCACUCUUUGGGAGGGAUGUUGCACACAGUCUUGUUGGGUGGGGAGCUCAGAGCUGCUGCUUUUAAAUUGCACUAUGUUUGGAGGAGCACUUUCUUUUAAUUCAUCCUGAAGUCUGGUUCCUAAAUGUUUUGUCAUUAGUGUUUUCUCCUUCGACUUACCAUCGAGCAUGUAGUAAUGGAAAAUGCCUUAGAAAACACAAGCAAACAGGGCUGUUUUACCCAUUUGGCACUGUCAUUGAAAAGGAACUGCUAGUAGAUUUUACUUUCAGGCUUAGAACCCUGAAAUUUUUUUAGGGAAUUGGCAUAUCUUGCUGCAUGUCAUUUCUUACCACUCACUAUUGCUUUUAUGAGUUUUUGUAGGUGUGAAAUAAGAAUGUUCAAAGCUUCCUCAAUAAAUUGGGUGGUGGAGCUAAUUUUGCAGGGAGAACUGAAGUAAUAACAAUCUAGAAGCAUUCUAGGGCCAAUGAUCUCAACAUGGGGAAAUAACUGUAAGGUAGAAAGAAGUGAUCUAGCAAAGACCAAACACUAGACAACACUUUUAAUAGCCCCAAGGACAACUAAAAAGGUGUGAGUGGAAAUCCCACUGAGGAACUGGUUUUGCUGAAAAUGAAGCCCUUGACAAUAAAUCCUGAGACCAGAUAACCAAGGCGACAGCAGUGAUGUCAUUUAAGCCCUAAAAAAAAUCUCAGGAGUUUAUGAUGCCAGCCACUAUUUUAAAUAGCUUGCAGUGGUGACUACUUGGCAAGAUAAAUCUUUCAAAUGUUAUUUCCUUUCAAUUCCCAAGUAAUCAUCAGGUGUGAUAUAUUUGAUGAGAUGCUGUGCAUUUAUUAAAAGGAUUUUGACCACUGCAAAUCAGAAUAAAGGUGAGUAUCGAAAAUGCUGGGAAAUUAAAAAAUGCUUAACUAAAAUUCAGAAUAUCUCAGCUUCUCUUUUCUCUUUUUACCUUGUGCUCAAUCUUGUUCUUAUAUGGGAAAGUAACACCUCUGUUUUAGACCUCGGUCUGGGUAAGUUUUCUCUUACAGUUGUCCAGCAGGCAGAAAGCAUCCGUUUUCUUUGAAAUGAGAAUCCAAAUUGGGUUAUUUUUUUUCAAGUUAUGGUGUAAAACUGGAGAAGGCAAGCUGGUUCAGGGUGAUGUUUUGUAAUUUAUUUGGAUAAUUUUGAGGAGAUGAGCCCCUUCAUAGCACUGGAAAAGUGUGCCUCCACCAAGUUGUCUCACUGUAGAACUUCCUAGAGACACAACUUAGUAGUUGAAUAUCGCAGAACAAUCAUUUGAGAAGUAACUCACUAAAUAUGGAAAAAUUGAAAUUCUAUGUUGCAGGAACAGCUAGAAUCUAUCUUAGUGUUUGAUUUCUUUCCCCUGUCUGAAAGUUUAGCCUUUUGUGAGGCCACUGGGAUAUUUUCAUUCCAUGGCUAGAAAAGAUUAUUUACAGUUCAGGUCUAAAAGCAAGGGCUCCCCUAACCCAUCAAAAUUGAAGACAACUCUAUAUGACUUCUGUUAUUUUUCUGAUACCCCACAGCAUCAAGGACCUUUUUUGAUUAUGUGUAUAGACCACAGCGGGUUAGCUUGAGGGAAUUGUCAAGUUAAAAUGAAAGAAAAGCAAGUUGGGGCAAGAAAACUCUCACAUUGAAUGUGAGAGAAAACAGUAGUGCUGUUCUGUUGAGCAAAGAGGUGUACUGUUCUGGGAGGAAUCACGUCCUUCAAGAUUGUUUUAGUUGUUGAGAUUGUGUGUGUGUGUGUGUGAGUGUGUGUAUGUGUGUGGCUGAGGGUGUGGAAGCAGAUAGGAAACACUUGUUUAUGAGUUUAGAUUGUCUCUUGAUAACAGUACAAACUCUGCUCAGUUUCUAGAAAUGUGGCAGUAAAAUUAGAGCACCAGAGGAACCCAGAGUCCUAUGUUUCUGUACAAAGUAAAGUUUUAUCCAAAUAUUUCCUUUAGAAACAUUCAGUCAUAGCAAGCCAAAUUAAUCUGCCACCUGCAAUUAGUAUCACACACAAAAAAAGUCAGUAGGCAGCAUCUGCAGACCCCCUCUGCAUGUAUUAUAGGCUUCUAUUCUAAUGGCACAGGGUCAUUGGUUCAUAUUAGGGGAUAACCCUGUAGGGCCUGAAUGGGGAGUAGGUUGAAGUGCACUACCCUGCCAGUAUUUUGGCAAUGCAUUCUGUCCCACAGAAAAACUAGUGUAGUUUUGGGGCUAUUUUUGUUUGAAAUGGUAUGAAAAAAGAGAGUUUUUGAAAAAGAUUUAAGGACUGUCUCCUAAGGCCAGCCUCCGCUAAAAGACUUUUCAGUUUGAUAGGCGGAGCUUCUAGCUGUGCCUAUCCCAGAGUGCAAAUUCUGCAAUGACUUCUGGGUGUCUGUUUUUCAGAACCAGGGACAGCACCCUUCCCCUAGGACCUGCUAUCCUGAUUGCAUUUCUAGACAGGGAAGAACAGGUUUUUCCUUUACUUCCUAUCCACUGAGCCUCAACUUGUAAGAAGUUUUAAGAUUAGGUGCUUGCAUCUUUUAUUCAUUACCAAACCUACAACAGCUUUUUGCUCCCCCAGCCCGAGUUAGCUGUUUCUGUUAUUUUCUUGACCACUAACAAAUAGUAGGGUUUGGACCUACUCAGGUCUCCUGGCUCAGAGAGCUGGAAAGAUGCUCAGAUAAUAGGCACACUUUGGAACAGGUACUCCCUGAAAAAAUCUAUAUAAGACACACUUGGCUUGUAAAUUCCUUAUAGGAGAUCACUUUCUGUUUUAAAAUUUCUGCAUAUUCCCCACAAUGUACAAGUCUCUGAUGUAGUGGGCAUAUGGAGUGAGCCAAUAUUCACAGUGGUUGAAUCAAUGAACUUGGAAGAUACAUAAGGUCCCAGCUAUGUUGUUAUUAGGCAUUUUGUAGACUCAAGGAGGGACCUUGCUUUGCCUCUCAACAUCCACCAUUUUUUCUGUUGGUCAGCAGCUGUUUUUGCCUUCAACAAUUACAGAAUAAAAAUAGUUCCUCAGAAAAUAAGUCUCCAGGCCAGAGUAAUGGAGUACACUGAGACAAGGAGAGUAGCAGAAGUACAUGCUGUCAACUUUGCUUUGUGAUUGGCCAGUUUUCAUAUAGCAGAAUAAUACAUAGACAUCCUAUGGCAGCACUGUCUUUUCUUGACUAGUUGGCAGCAAGCAUCCUUUCAAUUCAUGUCAGGAUGGGUCCUAUGGUGAGAAGGCGAGACAGCCACUGCAGAUUUCAUCUUAAAUACUGUCUCCUACUUCACAGAUAUUAGAUAGGUUCCACUUUCUCUGCCUCUAGGCUACCCAAGACUCAAUGCUCCACAAUAUCCUUUCUCUCACUUCCUCUUCCCCUUCACUGCUAAUUAUCAUAAUUUUUAACAGAUAGUAGAGGAGGAACAUAAGGAUUUCUUUUAAGGAUAGAUUAAGGGAAAUGAACCCAUUCCAAUACUUCCACUUGCCAUGCAGGAAGGGCCAUGGCAUGAGUCUCACUGGGGUGAAUAAGGUUAAAGUUUCUCUGCUGGAUCCUUUAGAAUAUGAAAGCUUUGAUUUAUAUUUAAAUCAUGGAACAAUCCUAAUUUAGAAAGGACAUAGACAGAAAAGACCAGCAGAAAUAAGAAGAUUUUAUUUUCUGUAGAACAGAGAAGAAGGAGUUGAAAAUCACUGUUACUGGAACAAAUGAUCUACUGGCCACUGGGAAGGUAGUAUGAGGCAGGAAAAGCUGAGCAAGCAUUUUUAGAUGUACAGGUGAUGCCAAUAGAAGCCUCAGGAGGGAAUAUGCCAGAGGAUCAAACCCUAUAAAGGUUGUCAGUACUUUUUCUGGAAAAUUCCUAAAAUCUUCAAGGGUAUUUCUAGCCCUCUUUUCAGAGGUAAGCUCAGUGCUACUUCUGGGUUCUUAAGGCAAAUGCCCAACAAACACCAAAGUCUUGUAUUUUCCACUCUCAGCCAGCACUGGCUGUCUUAAGUGGGAUUUUUUUCCCUUUCCUAAGUGUAAGGGACUUGUUUUCAGGAGAAGUGUCCUUUAAAUAUUCAGCUAAAACUGGAGGUAAUUUUUUGCAUGAAUGGCUUUUUACAGCUAGGUCUAAAGCAGAACAAAACUUGUAUUAAACUAAGUGCUACUUUACAUAUCUUAUUUCAAGGGAAAUGAAGGAUUUAUUGCCGUGUAAAUGAUAUACACUUAUUUGUUUCCUACUGGACAUUACAUGUCCCUUUAUCUUUAGGCUGAUGUUGUGCAGCAAACUUUCAAUAUCUGGAAAAUCAGCUGGUACCUACUUCAGUGCAUUAGUAGGAUAUUAUGUUCUCAGAUAGGAAUUUUGCAAAUGAAGUUUGGGUGCUGUUGUAACUGAUUUUCAUCCCCUAUCCCUAAGCUUUCUCUACUAAAUAUCUGUAAAGUGAUUCUGUCUUGUCUGAUACCAUGUGUUUACGUAUUUCCCAGUGUCUGUAUAAAUAUAUUGGCUAUCUGACAGGUUAGCUGGAUUAUGGCAACUGCUGAACAAUGGUGCAUUUGGCAUAUGGGCCACAUGCUCUAUGUGUACACUUGUUCUAGGGCCAAUCUAAUCUCCUUGCAGAGUUUAAGAAAAAUAACACAGUGUGGCAUUAAAAAUGGAUAUUGUUAAAACUGAACAAUGGAUAUUGCAUUGCCAAGUCAUCAUUAAUUAGUGAAGACUUUGACAGAAGCAGAGUUGAAACAUGUUUAAGUAGAUCUUAUGUCAUUUAUUUAAGCUCAAAUGAUUAUUUCUGUGUUCUAGUCUAUACAAAAAUAUUUCUUCAUGAUACUUGUUUGAUUUUCCCCCAGGUCACUGCAAAGUGUUUAUCGUGAUUUUUUGCCCAUGAUUUGGAUCCUAAAGUUGUUAAUAUAGGUGACUGGUUUUAGUAAAACUUGGUUUAACUAAUAGUUUCUUUUCCUUGAUGUAUCUUUUCAUUCUUUCUGUUAUUUUAAGAAAAAUUAAUCCAUUGGCUAUGCUAACUUCAUUUGCAUCAUGACAAGUCUUAGAGAAUCAGUCUAGUGAGAGGGCAUAAGUAAAACUUUUAAGAAAAGGUGUCCUUAUGCAAGAAAAAAAAAGAAAAGGAAAGAAAGAGAUAAAAAGAAAAAAAUUGUAACUUAGUAAGGCUCCAGGGUGGAGGGGGUGUGUUCCCAGUUGAUAUUAGGAUGCAUUGAAAAGGCAAGUGCUAUCCUUUCUCUACUCCCCAUCCCACCCUUCCUCCUCAACCUCAAAAGAAAACAGAAAAUUAUUUUUUUAAACUGUAUUAAUAAUUUAUGUUUAAUACAAAAGGAUGAUUUAAUGGUGUCACCAAAGGUCAUUUUUCUCAUUGUGCAUGCCCUCCACUCUCGACCCCACACCAUCUGGCCAUUCUUCACCCUCACACUUCCAUCCCAGGGCAAACAUGUGUCUCCAUCAGAAUCUAUGGGUGUUGAAGUUCAAUGUGGGGGCAGAGAUUUAACACCAUGACACUAAUGAAAACCAACCAUUCUUCACUUUCAAAUGGUUAAUUACUGCAAGAAGGCAAACUCUUUUCUUGGUUUUUGUUUAGAGACAUUUUAUACAUAUAUAUGUAUAUAUGUGUGUGUAUGUAUGGACAUAUGUAUGUAUAUGCACAUGUACAUGUAUAUAUGUAUAUAUUCAUCUCCAAUAUAAAUAUAAUCAUAUGUGAGAAUUAUAAAUAUGCCUUGGUCAUGUGUCUGUCUUUCUCAUAGUAUCAUAUUGUUACUGUUAUGUUAACUACUCCAUUUAUUGAUUGAUGAAAUUGUGUGUAGAUCUGUAUCCUCCUGACAUAGUUUAUGUAGGGUCUGUUCUCAAAUAAAGUAUAAAACAACAAUG